UUCUCAAGAACUGCUUCUCUUAUAAUUUACUCUCAGCUUCCAUUUCUCUUCUCCACUCAACGAUUCAGAAGCUCUAUGGUUUUUGUAGCCUCCAAUUUCUCCCUCUCUUGCACAAACUUAAUUAGCGACUAUAAGUCUUCCAUUUCAGAAUUUGUUGAAUAAUUGACAUAUGGAAUGGAGAAAGGUGGUUUUAACAUAAGGAUGAAUGACAAAGUUUAAUAAAUGAUUCAGUCGUGUAAUUCCCGCUGUCAAUUGCAAAACCAUGCAAUCAUUCGCCAAAUCUCAGGUGAGGAAAUAAUUUCCGGAGCUCAACGUGUCCAUGUACCUGAGUUGCUGGAAGAACGUGCAAAGGCAUGUGGCAUUGAUGUCAAUACAAUAACAACGUACAUUGAUUCUUUCAGGUAUGGUGCACCUCCACAUGGCGGGUUCGGAGUGGGGUUAGAGCGUGUGGUAAUGUUAUUCUGUGUUCUGAAUAACAUUCGCAAAACAUCGCUUUUCCCUCGUGACCCACUUAGGCUUGCCCCUUGAUUUGUUUAAGCACAGCAUCAUCCUUUGUUUUGCUAAGAUUAUACUAUAUCUUUUCUCCUCCUGGAAGUUUUAGGUUACAAAAGUGGAAAAAAGAAAAACUAUGUAAGUGUCUGCAUGGAGAAGAUAAUUUCUUCCAAGUACCAUGUAAUAUGAAGGUUUAUUUCAAGUUACCAUUUGAAAUGGGAGGCACACAUACAUUUUGCUGCAUCAAAUCCUGUAAGCACUUUUGUUGAGGUCAUUAAUUAUGGGUUUUCUUUUACUUCA